GCUUGAAGGAAUGGAAAACUCUGGAGCUUCACAUGAAUCAUCCGGGCCUCAGUUUGGGUUAGUUGAGCUGAGCAUCCACAACGACGAACAGCAGCUGUGAAUUACAAUGGUUUAAAGUUGCAGAAACAGAUUCUGCAAUUGUUGCCAAGGGCAUUCAAUACAUUUUCAAUUGGAGAAAUUUCAGGCCACAUCAGUGUUCAAAGUGCGGCUUCAUUUGUUGAGGUGUGUCGUCCUUAAGUGGCUCUUAACGAGACUAGGACAAUAUUUGGAACCAUUCCUCCUUCAAUUCAGCCAACUAUCCAUCCAUCCAUCCAUCUGUCCAUCCAUGUGGGAAAGAGUAGAAAUGAGGACGCCAACCCCGUUUGUGGUAACUCGCCCUGAAAUCCAGCACACGCACUUCCAACACCGACGUCGGUCGGAUCUGAGAAUGACCUAAAGCCAAGAGAGAGAGAGAGAGACGACACGAGAGAAAUGAGUUUUGCUUCCACCAUGAUGAGACAACAGGGCUGGAGGGGUCGGCGGACAUCAUUCCUUAGAGUCGCUCGAAUCCUCCUUUUCUUCCUACUCAUCUCUCCACAAUUUGUCUGGGCAUCAUCCACCGAAAAUGUCUACAUUACCAGCAGUUAUGGCCAAUUAGUUACGUCCAGUACUCUCAGAUGGAAGUCCACGAGCAAUCAAGAAGUGUUCUACCGCCAUCCCACCGUGAUUCGCCAUGGCCAAAGUUCGGUGUGUCGAGGGUAUUACAAGAAUCAGAUGGUGCAAGGGAGCACUGACGUCCAAGGGCGGUGUGCCGUGGGAUUUUUUAAAGAACUUCAUCGUCUUGAGCAGUAUCAAGUUUUGGUGGAUGGCACCUCCAUGGCCAGACUCGAGUGGUUCAAGUGGGACAUCUUUACCAAACUUCCCAUUGGCUUGGUGGCCUACACGGAAGACAAGACGUAUGUGGCUCGAUACCAAGAUCCGGAGACACAAAAGUGGCACUUUGGCGACUUGGACCCUCGACGUGGUUUGAGCGGAGACAUAGCAGUGUACUUCCCAGACUCUCGAGCCAUGAAAUACGCCACCAAAGGCGAGAUUCUCAUGGAGAUUGAGCCUGUGCGUUACAUGCUCCAAGACAUCCAGUACCACAUGCAACGAGCCAAGGUUCAUAAUCAACCCCUUCACUUAGGAAGUCGGAUUUUAAGCAAGGACCGAGAUGAGCCUGCUGAUUACGAUGACGACGGACAGGGUGGGGAAAGCGAGAACAAAGGUGGGAGCAUGAGCCAUGCCUGGAGCAAGAUCCGAUCGGUGAUCGCCUAUAACGCGUCUUACAGCUACUAUUGGGGGCAAUUGGAGGGUAUGAUCAAGGCACUCCCAUCGUCGGCCAGUAGCUUCACGCACGACAAGAAAAUCAAUUUCAACUGGGGAUUGCCUCUUAAAUACGAGAGACAUAGAAUUCUGGAGGUCCCAGCCAAUCUCCAAGCGGGCACUUCCAUUCAGAUUUCAGCCUCAGCUCAAGAGACCACCACUGAGCUCACGUUCACGGGCCAGUUGGUCUACAUUUACGCGGAUGGGACUAAUAAGCGACGCAAAGUCAAUGGAACCUACAUCGAGACUCUUUUGACGGAUGUCAGAACGGAAUAUGGACGGCCUUACUUUACGAACAACGGGACGUACGCACCAACCACCACUACAACGACAACAGUCAGUCCCACUACCCUCAGGGUCACGACGACCCCUGACAUUCCAGCCCAAAUGGGAUCAGCUUGGCCUCAGCACUCCAUCCCUAGUGGAUCAUAUGUCUUGAGCACGACCUUCAGGCCCAGGAGAACAACAGAACCUCUGCCUACUUCCACAAAUCCUCUUUUGAGAUUUUAUCCAACGGUGGCCGAGGCAUCCCCUUCAUCGGAUGGGAACCAAGGCAUGCAGUCAGAUGAGGCCAAUAGUCAGAGGUCGCUGGCUCCGGGUGGAGGCCGCCGCAGGCCCAUCACAGAGAGUCUUAGUAGUCACGCGCCAAUUGCAAAUCAUUUAUCAUGUUCAGUGAUGACGACAAUGUCAAUUCAUAUAUUGCUGCUGACAUUGAGUGGAAGGACUCAGUGAGUGGUCUCUGUGGGCAAAUUUGCCUCAAUUGGCUCCAAUUGUGUGUCUAAUAGCCCAUACAUAUUCCGUGUGAAAAAAGUGCAAAAGUAUUAUCGACUGUACUACGAGUACGUGCGUUACAAGACAGGAGUCAGUCACAAAGUUUCAUGCACCAUCAAUUCAAUGCUCUGUCCAAGCGAUGCUUCUGGAGAUUUUGUGACGGGGGCUCGUCCAAACAAAAAGCGCGGACACCCACGCCUCCUUCAAAUUUGGCGAUCCAGCGGUGAGAGCCUUGCAAGACCGAAAGAAGAGAAAAUAUGACGAUCUGAUGAAGCAUCAGCUCGGCUCCCCCUCCCCCCUCCUCCCCAUUCUUGGUCAUUAUCUUUUGCUUCAAACUCAGAGCUACUGGGGAGAAACACCACAACACUUCUGCUCUGGCACUCUCGAUGAAAGCCUGAAUGUCGGCUUAUUGAAAUAAUGAGGUCUGAUUUUAAUCUGACUUGGAUGUCGGAUGUCGACUCGAGUCUUCAACUUCCAUUCAAUGCCUCCCAAGAUUCGAACAACGAUGAUGUUGAGCAGCAUGAUGAUGAGGAUGAUGAUGAUGAUGAUGAUGGGAUGGGGAUAAUAAUGAGACCCCGAGGUCUGGUUGAGCCACGUCCACACCUCAAGAAAUAAAUAGCCACUCCUGGGGUUUGAAUGAUUGGCCCCCUUUCCCCCGAUCAAUCCUGGAUGACAAUCCAAAAGGCGGGUUUCAUCUCGCCAAAUUAAAUGCACUGUCACGCGUCCACAAGCCGACGGGUCCCAAGCCUCUUACUUGGCCGAUUGAACAAGGGUGCGUGUUUCAGUCGUAUUUAAUCCAAACCGGAUCAUGCCUCAUCCAUCAAAUUGGCAUCCGUUGGGACAAGGAGAAGGCUAAUCUUCUGGGAGAGCAAAUCAUCUCGUCUCCUUGACCCUUAAGCUGUUUGUAAUACGUUUGGCAUUGUCAAACGGGAUGGAUGCCAUGGACGAGGCAAUUGCACCAAGAACUCGCAUUCAAACAAGAAAGUGAUUUGAAGUGGAGAGAACAAUUGAAAGAGAACGUUUUCUCGGCGAUUGAAAGUUGUAAAUUAAUUUCGGGGCAAUCAAUGCUCCAAGGCAGAAAGACUUUUAGCGUUGUCGACAAAGAAACUUGGGAGGAAAUAUUGGAUUGCUUUUAAGUACAUGGCGUGUUGCACUCGAAUGAUUGAAAAUGUCCCUAUACCAUACAAAACCUACAAAUCAAGUACCUGGUGCCAAAAUACAUGAAAUAGUCCACGAACACUUUGUAUUGGCCAAAUGUGUCGAUGUCGUCAUGAUAAACAUUAUUAGGAAGAACAUUCAGUACUUCAUGCUUUCAUGUAUGUCUCCGAUGUAUUGGAUCGGUUUAAAAACAGUUACACAAAAUCCUGUUGUGCCGAUGAAUGGCAGAAUUGUCAAUGAAAAUAUACGAUAACAUUCAAAACGA